AUGAACGCCUUCCGGUGCCUACGGGUCGUCGCGCGCCCUUCAACCAGCGCAUCCACACUCCUCCGACCACGCAUAGCACCACCACACUCGCUAUCCACACCCUCGUCCACCCGCCAAAUAUCGCUCCUCGCCCCCCGACGCCCCAUCCUGCCCCGCACAAACGCCCUCCCGCCCGCGGGCACCACCUCUCUGGUCCCCUCAAGCUCCGAGACGCUGGACCUCGCCUCCAAAAUCUCGUCACAUCCCGGUCUGGGCAGCAUGCAGAUUCGGUGCGGUCCGCGUGAUACGUACAACCCGAGCCAUCUGGUGCGCAAGAGGAGACAUGGGUUUUUAAGCAGGAUUAGGACGAAGAAGGGGCGGAAGAUGAUUAUGCGGAGGUUAAAGAAGGGGAGGUGGAACAUCAGUCAUUAG